AUGCCAGAAUCCAAGGCAAGUGAAACGGGAUUAAUCAACCAGCCGCGCUUGUCCCUCAUCACGAGAGAGGAAAAAGAUGGGAACUUCACAAGAUUCGAAUUUGAAUCCUUAAAAAAACCUCCGUUUUUCGCGUCCCCAGCACCGUUGAAACGCAGGAUUGGAGUAACGGUGCUGGAAUCUAAGCGAGACCCACGUGAGGAGAAGGAAAAUGGAGAGGAGAAAAGGGAACGCGUGAGGCUUUUUGAGGAAAAUCUUGAGGGAAUUCAACAGGGUCGCCGCCGAUUGAUGGGUUUGGAACUGGAAUUGUGGGAUCGGGUCCGAAAUCGGGAGCUGGUUCGAGGAAUACGAGUGUUCGGACUUGCUCCUGGUACUGAGACACCAGCUGUUUUAGCUGAUGCAAUUCCUGACCCAUUUCCUCAACUGCCUUCUGUCUCUCAUGUUGGAUAG